AUGCCUGUAGACGUGAAAUAUGAGAAUGGGGACAGCGUGAACUCGCCGAGUGAGGGAAAUGCAGUGCUGGCCCAGGCGCGUACAUCGGAUUUACCGCAAGAUGCUCCGCCAGAUCCCGAAUCGGAUGAGGAUAUACCUGUUCAGGCCGAGGAGCUCCAAGAGGCUCUAUCGAGGCCCCCGCCUGUCAACAGUAGUUAUCUGCCCCUCCCUUGGAAGGGCAGAUUAGGAUAUGCAUGUCUGAAUACAUAUCUACGAUACUCAAACCCUCCUGUUUUCUGCUCCCGAACUUGCCGCAUCGCAUCGAUUUUGGAGAACCGCCACCCGCUUUUAGACCCCUCUCAGCCUGCCCAUCCGACGAAGAACCGCCCGGAUCGGAGCCAGAAACCUGAUAUUGCACGGGGUCAAGCCUUCGUUGAAGCAUUGGGACUCGCCAAUGCACGGGAUCUAAUAAAGAUCCUGCGCUGGAAUGACCGCUAUGGAAUCAAGUUCAUGCGACUGAGUAGUGAGAUGUUCCCGUUUGCUAGCCACAAGGAGUAUGGAUAUAGAUUAGCUCCUUUUGCAUCCGAAGCUCUCGCAGACGCAGGGCGGGUCAUUGCCGAGCUUGGCCAUAGGGUGAGCGUGCAUCCCGGCCAGUUCACUCAACUAGGGUCUCCUAAGAAUGAGGUCGUAGAGAGUUCGAUACGUGAUCUGGAGUAUCACUCCGAAAUGCUGCAGCUGCUCCAGCUGCCUCCCCAACAAGAUAGGGAUGCGGUCAUGAUUCUCCACAUGGGCGGUGUGUUUGGUGAUAAGGAGGCCACGUUGAACCGGUUCCGGGAGAAUUACCAACCCCUAUCGCAAGAUAUUAAGAACCGACUUGUUUUAGAAAACGAUGAUGUUAGCUGGUCGGUACAUGAUCUGUUGCCUAUAUGCGAAGAGUUGAAUAUACCGCUCGUGUUGGACUUCCACCACCACAACAUCAUUUUCGACUCAAGUCAAGUCCGUGAAGGGACUCAGGACAUCACGAAGCUCUUUGAUAGGAUUAAGGCUACUUGGACUAGGAAGGGUAUCACUCAGAAGAUGCACUAUUCGGAGCCGACACCUGCUGCCAUCACGAAUCGUCAGCGGCGGAAGCAUAGCGACCGCGUAUCCACCUUGCCUCCAUGCGACCCCACAAUGGAUUUGAUGAUCGAAGCAAAAGAUAAAGAGCAGGCGGUGUUUGAACUGAUGAGAACAUUCAAGCUCCCCGGUCACGAGCUGUUCAACGACAUGAUCCCACAUGUUCGUACGGACGAGAACAAACCGUUCAAGCCGCCUCGGAAGUCUACCAAAAAGAACGGGGGGUUUAUUGACCUUGAGGGACAUGUUCCCCCUGCCCCCACUGUCCCUGAGGAAGUGGUUGGCAUGGGAGGUCCGGAGAGAAGAGUUUAUUGGCCUCCCACAAUGGAGGAAUGGCUUCGGCCUAAGAAGGUCAUUCGCACUAAAGCCGUCCAGAGCCCCCGACGAUCUCGGCAGAUGAAGAAGGCCGAUAGUGGCGUAGAGGAAUCAUUGGAACAAGAUGGUGAGGUGGCCAGUACCGCCUUGACUACACCUACCUCGACGCCCGCGUCCAAAACCUCUCAGCGCAUUCAGCGUACCUCUAGCGUGAAGAAAAUGUCUAGUAGGAAACGCAAAGCUUCUACGCCAGUCAGCACGUCGCUUUCUGCUUCAGAUGAUGAUGGUUCGCCCGAAACUCCCAAGCUCACGCGAUCUAAGAGCACUGGGGUCCGUCGAAGCCGUCGAGCGAAGCCAGUCAGUUACGCUGAAGACAGCGAAUCUUUGUAA